GUAGCUAGCAAAUAAUAAUAUUUUGAAGUUGCGGUAUGCAAGGGAUGACAAAUAAUCAUGGCAACUUGAACAUCAAUUAUUGCGCCGCAAUUCUAUUGAAAAGUGUUCGUGAAAAUCCAGUUUGUGAGAUUUCAAAGGCAAGAGAGAUUGUGACCGCGCAAAUAGGAUAUGAGAUAUCCUACAUGAAGGCAUGGUACACUUUGAAGCGAUGCAGAGAAAAUGUAUAUGGAACAUGGGAGAGUUCGGUCCAGAAGUUGCCAAAAUUUAUGAAAGCACUUCAACAAAGGAAUACAGGCACAACUGUUGAGUGGGAACAUCACGCGACAAAUCAUCCAUCGAAAUUCAUAAUCAAAUACGUCUUCUGGGCCUUCAAGCCGUGUAUUGAUGGUUUCAAAUACUGUCGUCGGGUGAUCAGCGUCGAUGGAACUCAUUUGUACACUAAGUACAAACAUAAGAUGUUGCUUGCUGUGUGUUUGGAUGCGAAUCAACAAGUUUUACCACUUGCGUAUGCAAUUGUUGAUGAAGAGACCGCAAGUGCAUGGAAGUGGUUUUUCAAAUGCAUUGACAAACAUUUACUUUCGGGCAUAUCGGAUGGUAUUUGUAUAAUUUCGGAUCGAGGAACCGGUAUUUUAAGUGCCAUCGAUUCAAUGCCCGAGUUUCGGCCCCCUCGUAUCACCCAUCGAUUUUGUUUGAGGCAUGUUUGUUCAAAUGUCAACGCCAAGUUUAAGAGCAUUGUGGUGAAAGAUUUUUGUUACGCUGCUGGAAAACAAUCUCAGGUUUGGAAGCUGAACCGGUAUUUGGACAAGAUUGGUGAGGAAAAUCCCAAUGCACUCAGAUACUUGAUGAACAUGGAUCGAGAAAAGUGGACUUUAGCACAUGAUGGAGGGUCUCGACGCGGUCAGUUGACGACCAACUUGUCCGAGUCCAUCAAUGGUGCUUUGAAAGGUGCUCGUAAACUGCCUGUCACAGCUAUUGUGGAUUUUACAUUUCAUCGAGUGGUUAAGCACUUUAUUAAUCGAGUAGCGAAAGGUAAUAAAUGGGAGCAAUUGGGACAACGAUGGGCCGAAUUUCCAUUGAAGAAGUUCAAAUUAUGGGAGGAACAUUCGACGACACAUUACAUGAGAAGGUUCAACACUCGCAACUACGCUGGUGAGGUAUUCACCAGGGCAAAACCUCAAGGAGGUGGAGGAAAAACACAUUGUGUCGAUCUUAGGGCCAAAGAAUGCUCGUGUAAUAAGUGGACCUUGUUUGGGAUUCCUUGUUCUCAUGUGCAACAUGUAUGUCGUGAUUUCCGUUUGGAUGCCGAAACUUUGGUUGCCGAGUACUACAGUGUUAGAAACCAUAAGAACACAUAUAGUGGCGUGUUUCACCCUUUGCUGCCUGAAAUGUGCUGGGAGGAUGCAGAUUUUGAGCUAUUUCACGAUGUUACCCUACGGAAAGCUACACGACGGGGUAGGCCAGAAAGUUCUCGUAUUCGUAACGAAAUGGACCGACCACAAGCGCGUGCUAGAAGAAAAUCUCGGGCAACACAAGAAUCACACUAGUU